AUGUGCAGGUUCAUGAUCUACAAAGGCAAGCAGUCGAUGAUGCUCUCAGACCUCCUCACGCGUCCUGCACACUCGAUCAUCAACCAAUCCUUCGAUUCCAGACUCAGACUUGAUAUGAGAAACCCAAUCAACGGCGAUGGCUUUGGAGUCGGGUUCUACGGCGAAAAGGAAGAACCAUGUGUUUUCAAAGCCAUCACGCCUGCGUGGAACAACGUAAAUCUAAAUUCGCUCUCAAACGGUACUGAGUCCGAUCUCGUUUUUGCCCAUGUAAGGGCAUCUACCCAAGGUGUAUUGGCCGAGACCAACUGCCAUCCGUUCCAGUAUGGCAAAAUCUUGUUUAUGCACAACGGUGGAGUUUCUGCGUUUGUCAAAAUCAAGAGAAAGCUUUUGGACCAUUUGGACGACAAGUUCUUCUUGUUCAUCCAGGGGUCUACCGACAGUGAGUGCUGCUGCGCUUUGUUUCUCGAUACGUUGUACAAGAUGGGCUACGACCCGGAAAACACCGAGAUCCAGCUCUCGCACAAGGUUUUGCGUGACGCGCUUCUCAAAACCUUGGAGUUGAUCAAGAAUUGGCAAACUGCAGUCACCGACGAGCCUUCGUUCCUUAAUCUUGCCGUCACCGAUGGCCACCUGGUGGUCGUGUCCAGAUAUAUCACACUGAGAACAGACGAGGCUGCAUCGCUUCAUUUCUCGACUGGGUCUCGCUUCUUUGAGUAUGAGCCGGGCCUCUUCAAGAUGGAGCGCUUGAACAGAUCCCAGGAUGUCAUUUUCGUGGCCAGCGAGCCUCUCACGUUCGAGAGGGGAGAUUGGACAUGUGUUCCAACCAAUACCGUCAUUUCCAUCACCGAUUGUGGCACUGUCUUGAUGCACCCCAUCAUCGACGAGUUCUGGGACGACUCCAUGCCAGAAAGAUCCUCGGGCUUCGCUAUGAGCAAGGGCUUAAUGGGAAGCGUUCCAAAGAGCAAAUCCGAGGCCGGUGUUGAAGACUUGUCUUCUUCUUUGUCCCAACUUCCUCCUCUUGACCGCGAAGGCCGCAAGACCCAUGAAGUCUGUUAG